CGCUGCCGCUAAGGUAAGAAGUAGGAGUACCUUACACCGGCUGGACUUUCCAAUCUUGGCCCAUUGAGUUUACAGUGUUCUAAGAAGAACUUUCCACCGUAAAGUACCAACUUGCCUACACACUAAAUCUACCGGGGCCUGCCAAACUAGACCGUCCCUAUCACUCUUCAUUCUCCGAUAUCUUAUGAGGGGGUGAGACUUAUGUGGCUAAGUUUAUCUUAGCGUCAUCAUCAUUAUCCUAUUUACCCCUUUUGCUUUCAAGAUGGCGAGCACACCGCUAUCUUCAGAGACGGAGAUACGCCUCUUCAACCAGGUUUGUGAGGCUAUUCGUGCUACGGGAAAAGAUCAGAGAAAUGUUCUCAAGUCAUUCAUCCGUGAGGAAUUGAGUACGGAAUGGGCUCGUUUGGUGGCAUUGAUGGAUUCGGAUGGCCCGUUGAGUAUACUGUCGGAGGAUGAGAUGAAAUUUUUCACAACUCUAUACCUGAGUGGGAAUCAUGAUCUACAAGAUCCGAGUCACAGGGAGGCAGAUAUGUUCUCCCAGGUUCUCCCGGGGCUGACCGGUCAAAAGGCCACCGACAAUGACCUGAUUAAGGCGGCUAUUCAUGACCUACUACAAUACAACAGUGUUCUCGAGAAGCUCCUCAUGAAGUACAAUGACUACGUUCGCCGCAGCAUCGCUAAUAUGAAACGAUCUUCCGAACCAAGUGACAAGACCUCCAUGGUUGGGCAAAAGGUCGCCGAAUUAUCCCUGCGGAAAGCUCAUCUCCAAAAGGAGAUUCAUUUGCUGGAAGGUAAAAUUGGUGACCAAGUCAAUGAGUUUAGGGAGCUGGCCCCAGUCGAGCCCGGUGCGACGAAAGCAGGUAGCGAUUUACACGGGACAAAUUUGAAGUCCGCCGGAAUAAAGGAGAUCUUCGAGACGACAUUGCCGUCCCAUGAUCGUAUCCUUAGUAAAUUAAAUGCCCUGCACCACGAACUUGGCCAUGAUGCAAUUGAGGACGAUGAGCUCCUUCAUGUAGCUAGACGUCAUGCGAACCAGAUCGUCCUCUCGCUGGCUACGAAGUGCCGGGCAUCAUUAGACACCGUUUUCUUAGAAGCAUCUCGCACUUACAAUAAACGUGCCUCGCGGGCGUCUAACCACGCCCAAACCAUCAAUGAUGAGCGUGUUGCCGUAUAUGCCGAGAUACAGUCUCUCUGGGACGAAAUGGUGCCUCUUGCUCACAUGGUAGUGGAAAAAGAAUUUCUCAAUCCUAUCUUGAAGACUGUUGAGACGUGUUCUGAAAAACAGAGUCUGCGAGACGCAACUAUCUGCACCUAUACAACUGCCAUGCUUCGCUUCAUGAACGAGCGCCUCAGUCUCAUUGUACAUCGCAUUGAGAUGCUGGUAUAUCACCACCAAACCCUGUGUAAUGCGUUUACACAUGCGAAUAAUAAGAUAACAUUCAACUCGAGUCGAAAUAUGGGACCAGCACGCGCACAUUCGAGGCAAAAUAAAGGCAGCGCGAAUUCCCUACUUGAGAAUAUCAAGCGCCAGAUGGAAAUGUAUGGUGCUGUACCAAUAGACAUCGAGAGCCAGUCUCAGAGCUUAUCUACGAUCACACCUCAGACACAAGUUACCAAGCUUGAUCGCUACUUUAUGUCACGACAGAAGAAGGGCAAUGAGCUCGCAAGGAGUGUGCAGAAUUUCUUCGAGAUGGUUACCAAGAUUAAGCUUACGGAUGCGGAGCUCGGUAACCAGCUUCUUUUGGACUCUAUCGUGGCCGACAGCGCCGCUGCUGGCUGCCAGGCGGGCGGACACGUGUACGAGGACCAACAAGUUGAGGACUCGGUGGCCACCAUGAAGUCCCAGGCAGACGAAAUCCAGGCAAUCUUUGCCGAACUUAGAGGGCCUAACGCUCCGUAUCCAGGGCUCGACUUCGUUGCGUAUGCUUAUAAUAAGACGGCCAAACGACACUCGCACAAGGACAGCGAGACCAAGCCUGACGACCAGGAGCGCUGUCUUAAGUUGGAGGAUCUACUUCACAAAUGGGGCGAUGGAGUGGAUUACGUAAAGUAGGGGGUAC